UGUUGAUGAAUUAUUAUUGGAUCUGGAAGCUCUCCAGCUAUGGCCCGCCCGUAUGGAGAUUCUCCUUCUUCCUAUAAAGCCCUUGCACUACGUCCGCCAUUGCAGUUAUCCACAUACCUCUUCCAAGUUUUUUUCCUAAUCUGUAUUGUCUUUUUAUUACAGCGGUUUUAGGACAAGCCUUGUGUGACCUAGCUUCUUCCUCCCCAAUUUGCUUUCUGGUUUAGAGUUUCCCACAAAAUUAGGGUUUUUUGUUUGGUCUCAGCAUGCAUAUCGAGAAGCUGGUGUCACUACCGCCCCGUACGGGGAGACAUUUGCAGCGAUACAACAAGGAAUUUCGUCAAGUUGUUGGAUGCAUUCCUUACAGAAUUAGGAAUACCAACAAAUCUCCUCUGGUCCAUGGGAAGACUGAAGAAUUGGAGGUCCUUCUGAUCACCUCACAGAAGAGUCAAAGAUUGAUGUUCCCGAAGGGCGGCUGGGAACUCGACGAGAACAUUGAAUUCGCCGCUAUAAGAGAGACGCUGGAGGAAGCCGGCGUUGUCGGAGUCUUGGGGGACAAAUUAGGCGAAUGGAUUUUCAAGAGCAAAAGCAAAGACAAGCUCCACGAGGGAUCGGUGUUUCCCCUGUUAGUAGACGAGGAAUUAGACAUCUGGCCGGAGAAAAAUCUCCGGCGACGAAUUUGGAUGACAGUUAGUGAAGCUCGGGAAGCCUGCGCGCACUCGUGGAUGAAGGAGGCGUUGGAUGCGUUUGUCGAACGUCUGACGGUGCGUAGAUUUGUUAUGUGCGGAACAGAGGAGUUGAGACUCGGCAUCGGAUCUCAAGCUGCAGAUGAAGAAUCUGAUUGUUAUUUAGUUAGCUGAUGGCUAUGUGGUGAUAGUAUUCCGUUGUUUGAAAUCUAAACUGAUUUUAUGUAACCAGGGGAUUUAUAGAUAUCUUCAAGUUGUUUUUGAGGGUGUAAAUGGAAGAACCUUUUGUCCUAACGGACGUUUUUCAUGUUUAUUGCUGUUUUUAUUAA